CGAUCAGCCAACGAAACAUGCUCGCUCACGGCAUCCGUCAAUAUCAGUCUCAGCUCCACAGUCCCGAUUAGUUGCUGCUGAAUACCGACUGAGGAAGGACCCAGCCGUGCCGAGUUCCUGAAGAUGAACGCGCUUGUUGUGAUAUUUUGUUGCGCUCUAGCCGCGCAAUGCAUCCUCGCCGAAAACUUCGUCCAGCAUGACGACCAACCCUUCCGAAGUACGAGAAACGUACAAUUUGAUUGGCAACUAACAAAGCGAAUAUUCGAAGUACAAAAAUCAAAUGUCGUCAUUUCACCCUUUUCGGUAAAAAUUCUGCUGACCCUACUGUACGAAGCCACCGGUGAUGCUGCUGAUCUGUCGAUUACACAAACCAAAAAGGAACUACGAACCGUAUUGGAUCCAUCCGAGGACCUAAAUGCUACCCGAAAUAUGUACCGUUCGCUACUGGAUUCGGCUUUGACGGAGAGCGUCGAUUUUGAUCUAAAGAUUGCCACCAAGUUUUUCGUAGAUGAGUUCAUAGACGUCAUCAGCAAGUAUCAAAUUAUUUCAGAUCACUAUUACAAUGCGACGGUAGACAAGGUUCCGUUCUCGAACCCCAAGAAAGCGGCCGAUAUUAUUAACAACUGGGUUUCGCGGAACACUAACGGUCGCAUCAACGAGCUCGUCAGUGCUGAUGGACUUGAGGGAGCCGUCAUAACACUGGUCAAUGCCAUCUACUUCAAGGGCCUGUGGACAUAUCCCUUCCCGGAGAAUGGCCCACGGCGCGCUUUCUACACUGCCCGUAAACAGCUGGAAGCCGAUUAUAUGGAACAGAACGGUCAAUUUUACUACGAUGAUUCUAACAUUCUCAAUGCUCAGCUACUUCGGUUACCGUACCGGGGAGGCAAAUUUGCCAUGUACUUCCUCUUGCCUCGAACGAGCAGUUCCGUAAACGACGUCCUAAGCCGUAUUAAUUCAUCCAGCCUGCAUCAGGCUUUGUGGUACAUGGAUGAGACUGAUGUUAAUGUUACUAUCCCAAAGUUCCGAUUCGAUUUCUCCGAGGAACUGAACCAGCCAUUGCAGGAUAUCGGAAUCAAAGAGGUCUUUUCGCAGAACGCCUCAUUGCCACUGCUUGCGCGUGGAAAGGGCACCCGGGACCAGGUCCGAGUUUCACGAGUAUUCCAAAAGGCCGGUAUCGCCGUCAAUGAAAAGGGAAGCGAAGCCUAUGCUGCCACAGAGAUCCAACUAGUGAACAAAUUCGGCGGUGAUGGAACUCAGGUUUUCAAUGCGAACCGUCCCUUCCUGUUCUUUAUCGAAGACGAACACUCCGGUACGCUACUGUUUGCCGGUAAAGUUGAAGUGCCCAAAGCGUAACGAAGAUCCGGAAACAGAAUGCGCAAAACUAACAGAUAAUUGCAACCGAUUUCGAUGGGAGGUCCACAUCCGAGUCUUUUCCUUCUUCCUUCGAACAAGUUGAAUGAAAUAAAUUUUAGUAAUUAAAAACCA